CAAACUUUCAUGACCAUUGGUGCUUAUUUGGCUUGACUAUCUUGACAAUUCCAUAGCAAGUUUCUUAGCGGGAAAGGGAUAGAAAAUGACAUCUAACCUGGCUGACUCUUCAACAAUCGAGCAGCCUUCCAAAAGCACCAAUGAUUGCUCGCGUAUCCCUAAGCAGUUUUUUGGGCAGCCCUUCUUGCACCAAAUCCUUACUACGCCUAUGCCCGCUCCACUUGCGGGCGCGCUUGGCGCUGCUGGAGUAGCCGUUGUUGCUGGAAUCAUUGGCGCGGUAAUUCGACGCAAAGCUUCAAAGAAGCGGAUUGAUUCCAGCGCUGCUGUUAGCGCUGAGCCUGUGGCAGAGGUUGCCACUGAUUCCAUUGCGAAUCCUCCACAAGCACCUGAUGCGGCAGUCGACUUGUCACCGUUUGGAAGCCCCGUCGGUAGCACACCAGUAAGGAUCCCGCCGCUGAAGCGACGGGACAAAACCGUCGCCCCUGCAGCCUCAAGUGAGGCACCAACACCCACCGCACGAAGCGAAGUGCCUGACGACGACCAGUCUGACAAUGCGUCUGUGCGGGACCAGCGGCAGACGCAACCACUCGUGGACGCUGCUCAGCUGCAGAAGACGCUGAAGCAGAUGCAGGAGAUGGCCGAGGAGAACCGCAAGCUCUCCGCCUUCCUGGCUGAGUACAAGGCUGACGCUGAGAAGCUCUCCAAGCUGGAGGAAGAGAACCGGGCGCUGCGCGACGUGACUCGGCAGCUGGAGCAGGAGAUGCAGGAGCUCAAGGUCUCCACCAUGCCCCGAACCGGAGCCGAGCUGGAGAUGUUCAAGAGCAACCUCCACGCGCCCCCGGUCGCACGCAGCGUCUACAGCACCGACGACCCCGCCGGUCUGGGCAUCAGUACGGCAUCCGUGGACGGCGUCCACCCGGAGACGCGAGCCCGCCGCAACAGCCUCUUCAAGCAGCUGCUGGCCUCCCUGCAGGGCACCCCCAGCGCCGGCGUGUCGCAGGCCGCCACCCCCCGCAGCACCUCUGGUGGCGGCCACGCCCCCAGCACCGCCGCCGCCAGCUCCCGGCAGCGCAAGCAGCCGCGCCCCGAGGAGGCGGCCGCCAUCGGGCAGGCGGUGUACCAGCUGCUCGACUCUUUCGGCGGUCGCAUGAUGUAAGGCAAGCUCCAUUCUUGAGGAGCCAAGGCGUGGCUGCGAGGCCCUAUGUAGAAGCGCCCAGUGCCAUCGGCCUUGGAAGGGUGCCUUGGAUGCGCAGUGCCAUGCUUGCGGUUCAAUGUCUGGGUGUGCUGACAGCCUGCAUGGUUUCUCGUCAAUGUGCAUCUGCAUGCCGGGGUGGCGAGCUGCUGCGUUUACUGCUGGAUGUGAAUUCAUCGAGGUGGAUUGACUUUUAACUUGUAUGCUGCACCUGGCCCAUGGGCCCUUGCUUCUCCGGACCCUAACGGAUAGUGGUAAGAUGCCGUUUACUGUGUUUUACCGUGGCAAUGCGAUGGUGUCAAAAGCUUUAAAUGCAAUUCUGUUGUCUUGCGUGCAUUUGCUGUUUGCGCGGGAUGCUGCUGGAUGGAUUUACGACAGGGUGGACCGUUAUGUCACGCACUACAAGAUUCUUUGUAUUCAGUGUAACACGCGUUUAUCCUACCUGAGAACACGUUCGCCUCCCGUCUUACUGUAACCGAUCAUCGCGGUGCCACAGCACCAGGCAAGAAGCGCCCCCAUGUUUGUAUUGUUGUACGUGAAUGGAGCUAGUAGGUAGAAUACAAUUGCAUAGCGCUGCUGGAUAGUACAGCGAAACCCUUUCCUUGAGUAUCGCCAUGGCGCGAAGCAACAAACAGCCCGUGUGGGCGCCGGCCUGGGCAUUGGUAAUUAUACUGGUGAUCUUGAACAGCCAUAUAGCAGCAAUUUCCGCAAACAUAUUCAGCGGCAGGCAAGGGCGUGCUGUUACGGAUGGCAGUGCGCAUGGACGCCGCGUCUUCGCAUCAGAGCUAGAGCGGCAUGGCAACAGCACUUACCAUCCCUCUUUUGGACUCUUUCCAAAGGGCUGUCGGUGGCGCUCUGUCACACACGACAACUCCUCUAAAGUAGACUACCAAUUCUGGGACUUCAGUGCGGAAACAUGGGUUGACCAGCGGCCCGCAGCCUGCGUGCCUACCACCUACCCAGCUCCCGGCCCACCGGGCUGGCGCUGGCACAACAACACGCCGCGCACCGAGGUCACCUGCGAGACCUCCCAUUGCGUGUACACCAACAUGUACUACAACAAUGGGCGCUGGUACGCGCUGGUGGAUGGCGAGCUGUUCAUCCCCUCCUGGCGCUUCAGCCGCAAUCAGGAGGUGAUUCCCUUCCACGUGAAAAACGCGUCCGACUUCGCCGACUCGGUGCAGUGGCGGGUGGUGCCGGGGGACACCAUCUUGUUCGACUUCAUUUUCUUCAUCCACCCGACCGCUAUUGGCCACUGGUGGGAGAUGCUGGGGCCGCUCUACAGCAUCCUGAAGACGCUGCACUUCAAGCGCCCCUGCGACCAGUUCGUGCUGCUGCACCUGGGUCGGCAGCACCUGCUGGAGUGGGUGCGCGCCAUGAUGGCGGUCACCCUGGGGGUGGGGCUGGCGGAGGAGCUGCCGCCCAUCAUCAUGCAGGAGGAGACGGACAACGCGUGGAACCAAAUUACCCAGCAGCUGACCGGCUUCUCGCGCGACACCUGGUACGUCUUCGAGCGGGUGCUCAUCGUCAAGGACCUCUCCACGGGCGGCGGCCGCACCUUCCUCACCUUUGAUGACGCGCGCGAGUUCCGCGAACACCUGUACCGGCAGUACGGCCUGCCCCCUCCCGCCCCGCGCCCCCACAUCCCCCGAGUCAUCACCUUCCAACGCAAGCGAGCCAACCGCCGCAUCAUCAACGAACCCGAGUUCCUGCAGCUGCUGGCGGAAUUCGGGGAACUGAAGGUUGUGGAGUACAACAGCAGCUCCUCUCUGUACGAGCAGCUGCUGCAGAUGCGGCAGACCGGGGUCUACGUGUCCGUGCACACCUCCAACCUGGCCAAUGCGCCGCUGCUGCAGCCGGGCUCGGCGGUGUUCGAGGUCAUACAGCGCAACUGGAUGUGGAACGGGUUGGACCGCUCCUUCCGCGACCAGACCCACAUGAUGUUGGACAUCCACCACUUCGCGUGGAGGGCCAAACACCUCAACGAGACCGUCUACCUCAAUGAGAGGGACCUGCACAAGGUGGGCCACUGGCCUGCCGCCCAGUGCGGCACGGAGGAGUGUGUGGAGGCGCACACCAAUGUGGAUGUGGUGGUGGACAUUCCCGCCUUCCGGGAGCUGCUGGAGGACCGGCUGCCGUACGUGUGGAGGGGGGCGAGCGUGCAGGAGGC